CUUCAGGGAAUGACAUUCAGCAGACAGCUGUCAUCUUUUUACGAAGUUGAUAUAUUCGGUGAUAAGCCGUGAAAUUAUUAGAACAAGUUUUUAGUUUUGUGUGACGAAAAUGUCGUACGCGUAUCUGUUCAAAUACAUUAUAAUAGGUGACACAGGUGUGGGCAAGUCAUGCUUGUUACUCCAGUUCACAGACAAGAGAUUCCAGCCAGUUCAUGAUUUGACAAUUGGGGUGGAAUUUGGCGCUCGAAUGAUCACAAUUGAUGGCAAACAAAUAAAAUUGCAAAUUUGGGACACUGCAGGACAGGAAGCUUUUAGAUCUAUAACGCGGUCUUACUAUCGUGGAGCUGCUGGCGCUCUUUUAGUUUAUGACAUUACAAGGAGGGAGACUUUCAACCAUCUGACUACAUGGCUUGAUGAUGCUCGUCAGCAUUCCAACUCAAAUAUGGUCAUCAUGUUGAUUGGAAACAAAAGUGAUUUAGAGAGUAGGAGAGAAGUAAAGAAAGAAGAAGGAGAAGCUUUUGCCAGAGAACAUGGACUAGUCUUUAUGGAAACUUCAGCAAAAACGGCCGCCAAUGUUGAAGAAGCUUUUAUAAAUACAGCAAAAGAGAUAUAUGAGAAAAUACAAGAGGGAGUUUUUGACAUUAAUAAUGAGGCAAAUGGUAUCAAGAUUGGCCCCCAACAUUCCCCUACAAAUCCUUCACUUCCUGGUGCAGGUGGCGCUGGGGGUUCUCAAGGUUCGAGUUGCUGUUAAGAUGGCUUAUCUGUCUUGAGGGUUACAUUAUGUGUAAGAGAGAAACCCUUAUUAAAGAAUUGAAAGUGACUGCACAGGUUUAUUACAUAAAUUAAUGAUCUGAUAUCUUCCAAAUUAGCAACUUGCACAUUACCCUAUGGUUCAACAACAAUUAGAGACAAAAAGUUUUCAAAAUAUUUUUACAUGUGAUGAUAUUGGUACCCACUAAUUUAUGUAAUGAAAAUAUUAUUAUUGUGAUUAUUUUAAGAGUGUGGUAUAGUUAGUCCCAAUACAGGUCACAUAUUUAUUGUUUUGAUUUCAUAUUUUAUAGAGUACCAAACGAGAAACCUUUUCAGAUGCAUUACAUUUUACUUUGAAAUCAACUUUAUUUUUGUUAUUGGUGAUAAUAGUGUUUUGUGUUUUAUUGCGUCUAUUAUACUUAAUUAAGAAAUGUAGUGUUUAUCUCAUUAAAUAAAUUUGUAUUGUAAAACGUCAGAUUUUUUAUGUAAGCUUCAUGUAAUAUAAUCAAAUAUAAGUUGUAUUGCCA